AUUUCCCCCAUUUACAACCCUCACCAACCCCUCAAUUCAUCUCUAUCAAAAAUCCAGCCAUCGUAUUCCUUUUCACUCUUUUUCUUCAUCAUUUUUUUCUCACAACAUAAGGAUUCUAAGAACUGUUGGAUCAAUGAUUAUUUUCAGGUCACCGGAAUCUAAGAGAAUACUCUUUUGCAAGGUUGGUUCUUUGUUCAAAGACUCAAACUUUGGUGAAGAUGAAUCAUGUAGAAUGUUGAUAGGUGAGCACACUCAUUUACUGGACCAGUUCUUUUGUCCUAUUACUGCAGGGAAUAAGCUCAGUUCUAUGACUUCCGAUGCUGGUAAUGAGAACUGCCUCGGGUGGGCAGCAAGGGAUCCAUCUGGAUUUCUAUCACCUUACAAGUUCAACCGCAGGGAUGUUGGUGCUGAUGAUGUUUCAAUAACCAUUACACACUAUGGUGUUUGUUAUGUGGAUGUUUGCAGGGGAAUUAUGCAGGAACAGGACAAAGGGGCGGUGGUGGAAGAGUGGUGCAUGAGGUUGAAGAUGAUGGUGAGGGUGGGUGGUUGCAGGUGGUGUUGGGAUGAAGAAGAGGUGGGUGGUGAUUUAGGUGGGGCCCACUUAAGUUUAAAUUUAUCUUUAAAUGUUUUAUUUAUCUUUUUUUAAUAUGAAGGGAAUUUAGGUAAUUUCACACUCACUUAACAUCAAAAACUAAC